UCGCAAAGGCUUCCGCCCUUGGCGGCUCCCUGCCACCUGUAUAAAUGGAGCAUGUUGAGGGUGUGAAAAGUAGUAUAGAGGCAGAGGCAGCGCGGGUAGCGUUUAGUUCCUGGGUCUCCGUGUUGAAGCAGCUCUCCAGUGUCCCAGGCUGCUGAGAUCUCACCGGCCGAGUCCCCGCGGCGCGGCCGCAGUGCCAUGCUAGCUUCGCGCGUGGCGCGCGGUUCGUGGGGGGCCCUGUGCGGCGCCGCUUGGGCUAAGGGGACGCGGCCAGGCAAGGGGCGCACCUGUGGGGCCCUGCUGCCACCCGUGCCCUGCUGCUUGGGCUGCCUGGCCGAACGCUGGUGGCUGCGUCCGGCCGCGCUUGGCUUGCGGCUGCCUGGGGUCGGCCAGCGGAAUCACUACUCGGGCGCGGGGAAGGCGACCCCCAGGCCAGCGGUCGGAGCGGGCGCCGCCGCCGAAGCCCCGGGCCCGGCUAGCGCCCCUAGCCUGUAUGAAAACCCAUGGACAAUCCCAAAUAUGUUGUCAAUGACGAGAAUUGGCUUGGCUCCAGUUCUGGGCUAUUUGAUUAUUGAAGAAGAUUUUAAUAUUGCACUAGGAGUUUUUGCUUUAGCUGGGCUAACAGAUUUGGUAAGUUGUAAAUGCACUGCCAUUUUGAUCUCCUUCCAAAUUCCCAGGUCUCUACUACUAAGUGAAAUAGCACACCCUUAGCCUGCUUUUCUUUGGGAGGAAAUCCUCAAGAUGAAUUAGACAUAGUACUUUGUGUGAGGACUUUGUCUUUAGCAUCUGUAUGGGACUCAAUUUUUUUUUUUUUUUUUGCAUAUGAUCUCAGGGAGGAAGUGAAGGUUGUGGGGAAGUAUAGGAGGGGAUACUUUGUAUUCUUGGUUUUUAAGAGUAAAAGAAACACCCUUAGAAAUUCCCAAAGAGCUGAGUGCUUGCUUUAGGGGUAGGAAUCAAGGAGAGGAGUUCUGAGAUGACUUUUCUUUGUAUU